CUCCUGCCCUCUCUCCAUUCACCCCCAGAUUCAGGGACCGGUUCAGAUAUUUUCCCCUCCAAACAGUUUUUAAUCCUAACAAAUCAAAUUACAGAUUUGGAGUAUGAUUUUAGGGCUCACCGCAUCUGGAAGAUCUUCUAUGGAAAAGCAAGGAACCAAGUUUAUAGCUGGGACAAAGUUCAGCCAAAGGGACACCUUCAGAGAAUCCUUAUCUUUGUUCCAGUUGUAAAUCUAUUUAGGUUUUGGAGGAACUUCUAGUCCUGUCCAUAUAAAAAAUCCAUAUCUGGAAGUUUGUUGUUGAACAAAAGAAGUUUGGAAAUGGUUGGAUUUGGACCUGCAGACGUGCCUCCAUCAGCAGCAGUAAAGUUUGUAGGAGCUGGAGCUGCAGCCUGCUUUGCUGACCUGCUCACCUUUCCACUGGACACUGCCAAAGUACGACUGCAGAUCCAAGGAGAGGCCAGCGCGCCAUCAGCAUUGGGGAAAGUGGCUGCAGUGAAGUAUCGUGGCGUUUUCGGCACCAUCACCACCAUGGUGAGAACAGAGGGACUCCUGAGUCUUUACAGCGGACUGGUGGCAGGACUCCAGAGGCAGAUGAGCUUUGCUUCUGUCCGAAUAGGUCUCUAUGACUCUGUCAAACAGUUCUACACUAAAGGCUGUGAUCAUGUUGGCACUGGCAGUCGGCUGCUUGCAGGAUGCACCACAGGCGCCAUGGCUGUUGUGUUUGCUCAGCCCACAGAUGUAGUGAAAGUCCGAUUUCAAGCACAGGCCAUGUCUGGCAUGCAUGCUAGACACUACCAUGGCACUAUUGAUGCUUACAGAACCAUUGGUAGGGAGGAGGGCAUUCCUGGUCUGUGGAAAGGUACAAUGCCGAACAUCGCCCGCAAUGCCAUCGUUAACUGCACAGAACUGGUCACGUACGACUUCAUUAAGGAUCUACUUCUCAAGUCGACGCCUCUCACAGACAACCUCCCUUGCCACUUUGUGUCAGCCUUCGGCGCUGGUUUGUGUACAACCAUGGUUGCCUCUCCCGUUGACGUGGUCAAGACAAGAUUUAUGAACUCGGCUCCUAAACAGUACAGCAGCGUCCUCAACUGUGCUGCCGCCAUGAUGGCAAAAGAAGGCCCACUGGCCUUUUAUAAGGGCUUCAUGCCAUCUUUCUUUCGGCUGGGCUCCUGGAACGUGGUGAUGUUCGUAACUUAUGAGCAGCUGAAACGAGCCGUCAUGGCUGCAAGUCACAACCACACCGCUGCAUUAUAAUCAACAACAGCACAACUGCCUUGUCAGCAUUCUCUUUAUAUUUAGUCUUCAUUUAACAAAUGUUGUCACUUUUUUAGAUGUAAAUAAAACUUUAGUCAUGUGUGGUGCCAAGAACUUUUUGGAUCAGAUGUCUUCUUUCAGCAGAGAGCAUCUUUGGAAACUGAGUGUCAAAAGUAAGGACGAGGUUUCCUCUCUGCGACGGAUCCUGGGGUAACGGCAUUCCUUCUCCAGCCACCACUUUCUCAUAUGUAGGGCUGGAAUGUUGUGACACCAAAGAAAGUGAAAAGUUAGGGUAAACAAUGCAAAAAAAAUAAAAACUGUUCAAAAA